AUGCAAUCUAUAUUACUAGCAUUCUUUGCUAUUAUUUCCUGUGUAUAUGCUACAAUCUCAGAUACAACUUUACAAUUCACAAAUGGUCCAAAAAAGGGUGAAUUGAUAAGCUUUGACCUUAUUGGAAUGGAAUCCCCAUUAGAAGGAAAAGUUUUUGUUGAAAAUAUGAAACAAAAGCUAAGUCUAUCCUUUAAAGCUGAUUCCACAUUAGUUCAAAAUUCUUUGUUAGUUGGAUAUCCAUCUGAAAAUUUAGAACAAACGUUCAUCGGAACAAUUGGUAAUGAUGACAAAUAUACUUUUGAUAUCGAUAUUUCUUCAUUCGCUCCAAUAUUAUUAAACUCGGCUGUUGUUGAAGAUAAGCCAUUAUUGAUUACUCUAGUAACUGCUUCUGAAUCAAAUCCGCAAGAUAAUUUAAUAAAAGAAUUAUUCUAUAUUGAGUUCAAUAAAAAUUUAGUUGCUGAAAUUCCAAAGUUUGAAAAUUCAAAUGGUAAAUUAGGCCCAAAAAAGGAAAUUUAUCAUGUCUUUAACACACCACCAAAGCAUGCAUCUAAAUUCCUUGCUACUAUCUUCUCUAUGAUUAUUUUGUCCUCAAUAUUGGGAUUAAUUGCAUCUUUUGCUUAUACUGGGGCCUUGAAGAUUGAUAAUUUACCAUCUGGGCUAAAUUUGAUCAGAUUUAUAAUUUUAACCUGUUUAACCGUAGGUUUUGAAUUUGUCUUCGUGAAAUACUACUUAGGUGUCAGUAUAUUUGAUACUUUGUUACAUGCAGGUUUUAUAUUCUUGCCUUUCUUAUUCUUAGGUACUAAAUUCUUAAGAACUUUUGGCAAUGAUAUUUGA